CCUUCCCUCCUCGGCUCGGUCUCGAUCCAAAAGCUUUUCUUCCUAGCCGCGAUGGAUCUCGACCUUAGCGCGCCCCACUCGUUGGGAACCACCAUCAUCGGAGUGACCUACGACGGCGGUGUCGUCCUCGGAGCCGAUUCGAGGACGAGCACAGGAAUGUAUGUCGCUAAUCGGGCGUCGGAUAAGAUCACACAGUUGACGGACAAUGUCUACAUAUGCCGCUCUGGAUCGGCAGCUGAUUCCCAGGUUAUCUCUGACUAUGUCAGAUACUUUCUUCAUCAACACACAAUUCAGCUUGGACAGCCUUCAACGGUCAAGGUGGCAGCUAAUUUAGUUAGAUUGCUGUCAUACCAAAACAAGAACAUGCUACAAAUGGGCAUCAUUGUUGGUGGAUGGGACAAAUACGAAGGAGGUCAAAUAUAUUCCGUGCCACUUGGAGGGACAAUACUGAAGCAACCUUUUGCUAUCGGAGGAUCUGGUUCGAGCUACCUUUAUGGUUUCUUUGAUCAAGCAUGGAAGGAAGGGAUGAGCAAAGAUGAAGCUGAGAAAUUAGUGGUGAAGGCAGUCUCUCUUGCUAUUGCACGUGAUGGGGCGAGCGGAGGUGUCGUCCGUACUGUUACUAUCAAUGCUGAUGGUGUCACGAAGAACUUCUACUCCGGCGACUCCCUUCCUCUAUGGCAUGAAGAGCUGGAGCCACACAACUCGCUGCUGGAUAUCCUCUCGUCCAGCAGUCCCGAGCCUAUGAGCACAUGAUGUCCUGGUCUCUGUGCCACUCUCAUUCCCUGCUUUAAUGCUGUGUAGAUGCCAUGGAAGCCAUUGUGCCUCUGCAAAUUGGUUCUAAAAAUUUAUAUUGGCCUGGAGCUGCCACUGUUUUAUUUUGACCUUAGCAGCUUUGAGAUACAUCAGUGAUCAAACUUUACUAGUAUAAGAAUGUUGUUUUCUCUGCU